AUGACUUUUUUAAAUGACUGUGUAACUGUUUAUUGCUUUCGGCCGUGAUAUGUGGCACCAAAAUCACCAAAGAUUAUUUGCGAAGGAAAUUUAUCGGACUCCGAGGAAGAACUCCGUAGUGAGGAACGGAAGCAGCGAAGUCGUCUGCAACAGCUUCAUCUGCAAAUCGAAGAGCUUCGAGAAUUAAACUUAUCAACGAAACAAGCAGAAGAGGAGUUAUGGGAUGUACAAACAGCAAUCACAACGCUCUGCAGGAAACUGAAAAGUAUACGUAUGGAACAUUCGAGAAAAAUCGAAACACGAAAAAAUGAUGGUCCAACGCCAACACUGGAAAUGUUCGAGGAGAAACAGUUACUGGCCGCUUGCACAGCUUUACGCGAGGACAUUGCUCGUCAUAAAUUAGAAAUAAUAGCUUUGGAUCAAUGCUUAAAUACCAUGAGUGAAAAUAAAAGUACGGAGAUUUUGGAAAACAUCGACAAUGAAUACGGAGAGGAAUACUGGCGCGAUGAAUGCCGAAAAGAAGAAAAGGAGCGCGAUAGUUUGUUGUCCGAAAUAGUUUCACUUCGAAAUGAUUGCUGCCAACUACGCGCUCAAAUUGAAUUAAAUGCUGUAAAAAGGCUCACAUUACUAGUUACAAAGUUUUAA